AUGUCAAAUCGAGCACUGACACCUCCUCGACGCUUGGACACCCACGUCCAGUCGGUCGACAUGGAAGAGCCUCAUGACGAGGCCGACUCACAAUCAGAUCCCAAUUCAUCCACCCCGCCGACGCGCAAGCGACACCUGGACGACGAACCAUAUAUUCCCGAUGCCCCUGGUUCUCAAAGCGACGCGAAGGGCAAGACACCCAAGAAGCGGAAGAAGACGGCGUCCUCCCUGCCGUCCUAUGUCAAGCAGAAUGUCAUUCUGGAAGUUGCGACUAUGCAUGGAGUGCCACCCAAGGAUGCUCGACCCCAGUGCUUUAUCUCCCGUGCCAGCGACGAAAUGACGGUCCUCGAGUUCUCACAUGUCACGAGUGGCUCAACGCCUGCAAAAGAGAUGGAUUGUCUGGAAUGGGCUUGGAAGAGGGAAUUCUACACUCUGAAUGUCGACACGAGGAAGAAUAUCCAGACCCUCCGUAUCAGUCUCCACCGAUGGUUCGACAAGACGAAAGGGUCCAAGCCUGUCGGCUGGUUUUGGCUUCCCGUCGAUCUCAUUGUUCUCGAUAUGCAUGCCGUCUACGUCGGCAAUGAAGUUAUCCUCCCUACGGCAGGCAACACUGCAAAUGUGCGGAGGGACCCGCAGCUCUUCUACGGAGAAUCCGAAAAGUUCCGGUAUCGCCUUAUCCCUCUUCCUGAUAUGAAGGCUUCGUGGUCGGUCAAACGUUACGCUGCCAAUCCUCUUGACCUAUUCGAUCCCACCCGCGUCAACUACAGUGUGUACCCCUUCGACGACCUCCCGCCCUUCGAGCUCCAUGUUCCCUACCACUUUGUCAUCGCCAACACUGGCAAGAAACUCUUCCAACUAUAUGGCAUGGGCGCAAUCGACUUUGAAAACCAUUUUUUUUUCCUAGAGCCCUCCGCCAAAAACAUGAUGAGAGCUGUGCGCAAUAUCUAUGUGGCGUGGAUGAUGGCUACACCUAACCCGAAAUGGCUCAGUGGAGAGGGCUACGAUGAUGAACAGGACUCUGCUGCAGAGCAAACACACCGUGGAGGAACUGGUUCGGAUGGCGGUCCCCAAGGUAGAGGCGCGCCCUCUGGUGGUAAGGGCGGCAUGAACCGAGCUCAAGAUGCCGCUCCCCACCCUUCCGGUGCACCAAUGGGACAACGACGGCCCACUGCGGAGUCCCUUGCGCCUUGCGACUCGGCUUCUUGUCUCGGGGCUUUCGAGCUUGUCGACGAGGUGAACGGUGAAGAUGAGGACAAACCAUUUGUGGAUGAUGAGGACGACGAGUAUGAGGACGACGAGUUCUUCACGGGCUUAGAACAGUGGGCGAGCGACGUAUGGACCGCGACACAUUCUGAUUCUGAUAGCGGAUCUGACUCGGUGAUGACGCUGGUCGGAGCUGCAGCGCCUGCUCUCUGCAAGGGUGUAGAUAUGGUGACCUUGGAAACACCACCGUAUCUUUCCGUCCAGUGA